UAUCUGCGGUUUGAGCAUCUGCUGUGUGUUAGUCUUGCGUCGGAUCGUUUGUCGGUUGUGUGUGUUUAGUGGUUGUAUUGCUGCAGUUGUCACGGUGCGCAUUGUGGGUGUAGGAUGGUGGACAGCGUGUACCGGACCCGCUCCCUGGGGGUGGCCGCCGAGGGUCUUCCGGAUCAGUAUGCGGAUGGGAAGGCGGCCCGGGUCUGGCAUUACUACAUCGGAGACAAACGGAGCCGGACGGACGAGUAUCGCAGCUGGAUCCUGUCGCUGCUACAAAGUCACAACUGCCGCAAUGUGCUGGACGUGGCCUGCGGCACCGGGGUAGACUCGGAGAUGCUGGUGGAGGAAGGAUAUUCCGUGGUUAGUGUCGAUGCCAGCGACAAGAUGCUAAAAUAUGCCCUAAAGACUCGCUGGAACCGCAGGAAGGAGCCAGCAUUCGACAAGUGGGUGAUCGAGGAAGGGAACUGGCUGACUCUGGAGCGGGAUCUCUCACCCCCGGGGGCCGGGUUCGAUGCGGUCAUCUGUCUGGGAAAUUCAUUUGCCCAUCUUCCUGACUUUAAAGGUGAUCAGAGCGAUCAGCGCCUGGCUCUCCGUAACAUCGCUGGGAUGGUCCGCCCCGGGGGAAUCUUAAUCAUCGACCAUCGCAAUUACGACUACAUUUUAAGCACAGGCUGCGCGCCUCAGGGGAAGAACAUCUACUACAAGAGUGAUCUAACCCAGGAUAUCAGCACCUCUGUCCUGUGGGUGAAUAACAAGCCUCACAUGGUAACUCUAGAUUACACCGUUCAAGAUCCUGCCCCGGGGCAGGCGACACCGGAACUGAGCAAAUUCCGCCUGUCCUAUUACCCGCACCGCCUGGAGUCAUUCGCUGCUCUCUUGCACGAGGCUUUUGGUGGUCGAUGUGAGCACACGGUGUAUGGAGACUUCAAGCCCUAUCAGCCCGGCCAAGAGAACGCGCCCUGCUACUUCAUCCACGUGACCAAGAGAACGGCCUGAGUCGCUUUUUGGACGUUUUUCCAUAUUUGUUGGGACUAAUUGGGUAGUUUUUAAUAGAGAUUUUAGAAUUGA